AUGGCCCGCACAAGCUGCUCCCGCGUCCCCCAGCGCGCGGGAAGGCGCAUCCCGCAGCUCCCCCCCCACCCGCGCCCGGUUCCCGCGGAUCCGCCGCAGCCUCCCGCUUUUCCGCCCCCAGCGCUGGCCCCAGCGGAUCCGCUGCCCCCCCGAGUUCCGCUCCCCGCGAAAGCAGUGACGAAGGAAGUGACUAUAACGAAAGGAGUGGCCACGGGGGCGCUUAAAGCGAGAGCUGAGAAGCCACGAGUUACCACUCCUGGAGCAGUAACAGCAGCCACAGACGCCGGCAGGGCGGCAGGCUCACGAGCUGGGAGUGCUGCUGAUGGCUUGGCAGAGGCGGCUGAUGGCUCACAGACCACCGGUGGGCCCAGCACGGGCUUUAAGGAGGAGGAGUGGCAGCAGCAGCUGGCGCUGUUUGCUGGUGACAGCAGCCGCAGGGAGAUGGUUCUGACGGGCAAGGAGAGCCGGCGGUACGAGCAGGACAUCAAGAGGAUCGCUUCUCAGUUCCGCCUGCACAGGGAGAUGGGUCUGACGGGCAAGGAGAAUAUUAAGAGGAUUGCUGCCCAGUUCCGCCUGCACAGGGAGGUAUCUUUCGAGUUGAGAGAGAUGGUUUUGACGGGCAAGGAGAGCCGGCGCUACGAGCAGGCGAUCAAAGAGGAUCGCUGCUCAAUUCCGCCUGCACAGGCAUCACCGGAAGGGGCAUCCAUGCUGGCGUUGAGGCAGAGCCUGCCUGCAUGGAAGGAGCGAGAGCGGCUGCUGCAGGCAGUGCGAGAUAACCAGGUGGUGGUUGUGUCUGGUGAGACAGGAUGCGGCAAGACCACUCAGCUACCCCAAUAUCUGCUGGAAGAUGCAGUGGAAUCGGGGCAGGGAGCGCAGAGUUCCAUCAUUUGCACGCAGCCCCGGAGGAUAUCGGCAGUGGCGGUGGCAGAGAGGGUGGCUGCUGAACGGGGGGAGAGCAUCGGACAGUCGGUGGGAUAUCAAGUCCGUCUGGAAGCGCGCAGGAGCAGGGCCACGCACCUGCUAUUCUGCACCACGGGCGUGCUGCUGAGGCGACUGGCUUCUGACCCGCUGCUGACAGGCGUGACUCACAUCGUGGUGGACGAGAUUCACGAGCGGGGCAUGAAUGAAGACUUCCUCCUCAUCGUCUUGAGAGACCUACUCCCCCGCCGUUCGGAUCUCAAGCUGGUGCUAAUGAGCGCAACUCUCAAUGCAGACCUCUUCUCGCAGUACUUCAAUGGUGCUCCCACACUGCACAUCCCGGGCUUCACAUAUCCUGUGCGAUCGUACUUUCUGGAAGACGUGCUGGAGCUCACCGGGCACGAGGUCACUCUCUACAACCAGGUGGACGACUACGGCAGCGAGCAGCAGUGGAAGCGGAGGCGCCAGAUGGCCCUAAUGGAGAAGCGGAGAAAGAGCCUGGAACCUUCCUUUGUCCAGGAAGCCCUCGCCAACCACUCGUUUGCCUCCCACUCGCCCUUUGUGCAACGAUCCAUGGAGCGAUGGACUGGCGAAGGUGUGGGUUUCUCCCUCAUCGAAUCCGCUCUUGAGUUUGCCGAGAGGGAGGAGGAGCCGAGGGAAGGGAAGCAGGACGCAGCAGGGGUUGUAGGGAGCAGGGAUGCAGGGGCGGUGCUGGUGUUCAUGACGGGGUGGGAUGACAUCAUAGGAAUGAGGGACAGGCUGAGGGAGCACCCACUGCUGGGCGAUGAGAGCCGUGUGCUGCUGCUCACGUGCCAUGGCAGCAUGCCCAUUGAAGAGCAGAAGCUGAUUUUCAACCCACCACCCCCCGGAGUUACCAAGGUCAUUCUAGCCACCAACAUGGCCGAAACCUCCAUCACCAUCAACGAUGUGGCCCUAGUCAUCGACACAGGAAAGGCCAAGGAAACCUCCUACGACGCCGUCAACAACGUGCCGUGCCUGCUCCCCCAGUGGGUCUCCAAAGCCUCUGUGAAGCAGCGGCGGGGGAGGGCGGGGAGGGUGCGUCCUGGCGUGUGUUUUCAUCUGUACCCGCGCCCGCUGUUUGCUGCUCUGCCGGAGUAUGGCCAGCCGGAGCUGCUGCGGGCGCCGCUGCAUUCUCUCUGCUUGCAGAUCAAGACACUCGGGCUGGGCAACAUUGGGGAGUUCCUGGGGAAGGCCAUACAGCCGCCUGAGCCUCUAGCUGUGAGUUGGGGCUUGUUCAAUUGGUGGAUUAGAAUCUGCCUGCAGAUCAAGACGCUCGGGCUGGGCAACAUUGGGGAGUUCCUGGGGAAGGCCAUACAGCCGCCUGAGCCUCUAGCUGGGAGUUGGGGCUUGUUCAAUUGGUGGAUUAGAAUCUGCCUGCAGAUCAAGACGCUCGGGCUGGGCAACAUUGGGGAGUUCCUGGAGAAGGCCAUACAGCCGCCUGAGCCUCUAGCUGUGAGUUGGGGCUUGUUCAAUUGGUGGAUUAGAAUCUGCCUGCAGAUCAAGACGCUCGGGCUGGGCAACAUUGGGGAGUUCCUGGGGAAGGCCAUACAGCCGCCUGAGCCUCUAGCUGUGAGUUGGGGCUUGUUCAAUUGGUGGAUUAGAAUCUGCCUGCAGAUCAAGACGCUCGGACUGGGCAACAUUGGGGAGUUCCUGGGGAAGGCCAUACAGCCGCCUGAGCCUCUAGCUGUGAGUUGGGGCUUGUUCAAUUGGUGGAUUAGAAUCUGCCUGCAGAUCAAGACGCUCGGGCUGGGCAACAUUGGGGAGUUCCUGGGGAAGGCCAUACAGCCGCCUGAGCCUCUAGCUGUGAGUUGGGGCUUGUUCAAUUGGUGGAUUAGAAUCUGCCUGCAGAUCAAGACGCUCGGGCUGGGCAACAUUGGGGAGUUCCUGGGGAAGGCCAUACAGCCGCCUGAGCCUCUAGCUGGGAGUUGGGGCUUGUUCAAUUGGUGGAUUAGAAUCUGCCUGCAGAUCAAGACGCUCGGGCUGGGCAACAUUGGGGAGUUCCUGGGGAAGGCCAUACAGCCGCCUGAGCCUCUAGCUGUGAGUUGGGGCUUGUUCAAUUGGUGGAUUAGAAUCUGCCUGCAGAUCAAGACGCUCGGGCUGGGCAACAUUGGGGAGUUCCUGGGGAAGGCCAUACAGCCGCCUGAGCCUCUAGCUGUGGAUAACGCCAUAGAGCUAUUGGAGGAUGUGGGUGCGCUGGACAAGGAUGAGAACCUCACACCGCUUGGCCGACACCUCACAACACUGCGUGGGGAAGAUGCUGGUGAUGGCGGCGGUGCUGUCGUGGCGUGUAUGAACUCUCUCCUCUCCUCUGUGCUACUCCCCGUCCCAAUCAACCCAUCCUGCAAUCCUCUCUCAGGUCGCCACCUCACAGCACUCCCUCUGGAACCACGCGUGGGGAAGAUGCUGGUAAUGGCAGCAGUGCUGUCAUGUGUCAACCCGGUUCUCACUGUAGCUGCAACUCUCAGUGAACGAGAGCCGUGGGUGCGACCAGCUGAUAAGAGAGAGGUGGCUGAUUCAGUGCGCCUGCGCUUUGCAGGGGAUGACUUCAGUGACCACUUCGCAGCAGUGCGGGCAUUCGAGGGGUGGGUGGCGGCUCUUGGGUCAGGGACCAGCCGCAGCGAUGGUACUGCUGCUCUGGGAUCAGCAACCAGCCGCAGCGAUGGCUACAGCGCUGCUCGGGCGUACUGCUACAACCACUUCCUAUCACAUCCCACCAUGCAGGCACGUGCUGGUGUUAUGGAUACAUCCUGA